AUGCUUAAUCGAUUUUGUUUACAAAUUUUACCUUCGAUUCAUGAUAAAAUUCAAUGGCUUGAUAUUGAUUUAUCAUCUAUAAAACAUGUUUUACGUGUUGCCAAUUAUCCUAACUUAGAUAGUCUUGGUCUUUAUAAUAUUGAUGAAGAGUCAGCUCAAUGUCUUUUUAAUGACUAUAUCAUUGAAUAUAUUGAUUAUGUAUGUUUAGAUGAAACUCUUUCGAGUAUUUUCAAAAAUCAGAUAACAAAACUUUUUUUUACAAUAUAUAAUAAUAAUGAUGAUAAUCAUGAACGGAUGACACUGUCAGUGGCACACGCAUGUGAUAAAAUCUUCACUGUUUUCACUCGUCUGACAACUUUUGUAUUAUAUGAAUCAUCGUAUAAAAAUCGUGUUCGAUUAAUUUUUGAUAAUCCAUUUUUUCCUAAUGUUCGUUCUUCAACUCUUUUGAAAUUAAUUAUCAACGUACAUUCUUUUGAUGAUUGUCUUUAUCUUCUCGAUGGUCGUUUUGAUCAACUUCACACGCUUCAUGUCGAUUUGGCUAAUACUUGGUGUCCAGAUGAAAUUAUAAAUCAAGGUGAUUUACCAAAUCUAAAGUGUUUUUCUCUUUCCUGUGAACUCGCAACAUAUCAUUAUAAUGAAGCCAUUCUUCCACUUCUCUAUCGAAUGUCAAAUCUAGAAGAACUCGGUUUAUAUCUUACGGUGUAUGUUGAUGAAACAUUUAUUGAUGGAAGUCAUCUCAAGACAAAAGUUAUUAAACAAAUGCCACGAUUAAAUCAAUUUACAUUUUUUAUUAGAUCAUUCAUCGAUAUUUUUAAUGAAAUGAGUUUUCCAUCAACAGAAGAUAUUCAACAAACAUUCAUUGACUUUCCAUUUAAUAAAAUAAUUUCUUAUGUUGAUUAUUUUGCAGAUAGAAAACAAAGUCAAUGUUAUAUUUAUUCAUAUCCAUUUCUAAUGCGAUAUUAUACCGGCAUUACAAAUAAUUUUCCAGGUGGAUUAUUUGAACAUGUUCGUGUGGUGUCAUUAUUUGAUGAACAACCUUUUGAACAUGAAUUUUUUCUUCGAAUUCAGAAAUCAUUUCCGUUUAUAGAAGAAUUAUCUUUAGUUAAUUAUAAACCACAAAACCGAAAACAAUCUUAUGAAUCAAACAGUAAUAAUCAAACUUUAUCGCUUAUUGAAUAUUUAUUUCUUACGAAACUUUAUAUUAGCGAUGUUCAUGAUGAUUAUAUAGAACAAUUUCUUUUUCAUACUAAAACAUAUUUGCAAAAUAAUAUUAUUGUUUAUGUUGAUUAUGAAUCUUUACAACGAGUAACACACAAUUUUACAAGAGAUUCUACUCGAACUAAUUGUGCCAAAAUAAGUAAAUUACAUUUUUGGGGUCAAGAAAAACCUUCCAAUUCUUUAGAAGAAUAUUUUCCUUAUGCAAAAAUAUGUUAUGGAUUAUAUUGA